AAGCUGUGUCUUCUUCCGAGUGUACAGACACUCAGUCACGUCAACAUGGAGCGUUUUCUGUCUUCUCAGCAACUUCCUGCCUAGUGAUUCUCUUUGCUUUCCUGCUUUUCGCGACAGAAUUAAAGAGAAUCUCUUCGAAAGAGCGUGAGCACACCCGGAGAGCGAAGAGAGGCAUCUCCUCGCGGCAGGAACGCCAAGAAAGCUGUUUCUUUCUAGUUCAUGUUUGCCAUCCUUCAUGUGCGAAGCAUAUCCGUUUCUCCUUUUUCUUUGGCUGUUCUUUUCUCCGGAUUCUGUGUUUUUCUGAGGCUUUUUCACCCGCAGAACCUCCCGAGGCCCUCUGCCUCGGAGGCUCGGCGCCUCAGUAUCGAGGUCACUGCGCUGCUUUCUCUUCUCUAACAUGUUUUUUUCGUUCUCCUUCGUUUUCGUUUCGUUCUCCUUCGUUUUCCUUUCGUUUUUCUCCUUUCUCCUCCUCGUCUUCUUCCCCUUCUCCUCACGGUCGAGGGGGCGGUGUUUCCUUGUCGCCUAGAGGUGCAGAGUGACUGGAACUCACUGUGUCUCUGUCGACGAAAACUUUAUAAUAGACGACAACGCUUCUCUCGUUUUUGCGACUUUCCCUUCGUCUUGCAGCAGAAGACAGCGUGUCUCCUUCAGUUCUCUUCUCUCGUGACCAUCCGUUCUUGUCUCUGUUCUUCCUCUCUCUCCCCCUCUUUUUUUCUCCCCUCAGUUUCGGUGAAACCUCGAGAGAGGCCUUCUCUCUCUCCAGGACUGUCUGUCGUGGAACGUCUGGACAAGAAGUGAAAAAGAAAAGCAGCUGUGACCUCGGGCCGCAGCUGCUCCCCUCUUUCGACCUUUCUCUCUUUCUACCUUUCUCUCUUUCUACCUUUCUCUCUGUCUAUCCUUCUCUCUUUCUACCUUUCUCUCUAUCCUUCUCUCUUUCUACCUUUCUCUCUGUCUAUCCUUCUCUCUUUCUACCUUUCUCUCUGUCUAUCCUUCUCUCUUUCUACUUUUCUCUCGUUCUAUCCUUCUCUCUUUCUACUUUUCUCUCGUUCUGUCCUUCUCUCUUUCUACCUUUCUCUCACCUUCUCCGCGCCAUAAGAAGAGAAGACACGAGAGAACCAUGGGAGCUUCUGAGAGCACAGACAGCCUGCGGGCCGACCAAGAAGCGCGAGAGCUACGCGAACUGAAUGGGGAGCACUACCAAGACGCAGAGUAUCCUUGGUUUUUCAUCGUCCAGUGGGCCUGCGAGAAGCUUCCUGCCGACGCCGUCUUCACAUGGAACCUCUCAGACAUCAAGGCAGAAGUUGCCGAGUUGACGGCAGAUCCCAUCACGUUCCUCGCCUGCUGCCCCGCCGACGAAGCCUUCCGAGAGAGCGGCGAAUUUUCCUUCACAGAGAACGGCGUCUUCGUGGAAUGGGCGAUGCUCCUCGUCGAGCUCCUCCCUUCGCUCGCCGACGUUCGUUACAGGCUCGUGCCUGCCAAGGUCGCUGAGGAAGAAUUUUGGUGUCGCUUUUUCUCCGCAGUUCGCCUCCGAAUUCAGCAGCAUGUCUUGGCUGCGCAAGAGCAGCCUCAUACAGUUUCUUCGCCGUCGAACGCUUCAUCUCUGGGUCACCGCCCUGCCGCGCCUCUGCCGCUGGCAGCUGAGGCGGCGGAGACUGUGGGCCGUUCGUCGCUCAACGGUUUCUCUGCGCCGGUCUCCGCGGUCUCCUUCGAGGAGUGUAAGGUUCAGCGAAGAGGAAGCCGCUCUUCGCAGGCAGAGACUGACUCAGGAUUGGCGCAUGCAGGAGACCUGCGGAGCAACCGAGUCGGAGCGCCGACCUCGGUGCAGGGGACAGCGGCGAAGGCAGAGGACGGUCUGCAUGCGUUCGCGCCGCAUGCAGCAACAAAUCCGACAAAGUGCCUAGACUCACACAGCGACGGAGGCGCUCUCUUGGCAGGUGGCGACCGGGAGUGGAACUCCGCUGAAGACCCUCGACAUCCGACGCUGAUCGGCGCGCCGUCAGGAGCCGCUGCUUCGGGCGUACGGACGCCCCACUACGUGAUGCAAAACGGAGGAGGCGCCAGGCCGACCUACCUCUGAGCUGUCCUAGGUGGACAGGCCUCCCUAGACUCUCCACGGCCUUAACUUCCCCACGGAGGCGUACAGGACCGAUGCACACACACGACUGCACAUGGCGCUAUAUAUAUAUAUAUAUAUAUACAUAAAUAUAUAUAUAUGCAUAAAUAUAUAUAUAUAUAUACAUAAAUACAUGCAUAUACAUAAAUAUAUAUAUAUAUAUAUAUGUAUGCAUGUUAUGAUUGCAUCGGUAGGGCGGGUGGGUGUGUGCGGAUCGGCCCGGAGUCGUGGGCCUGGGAGGGGAGACAGAGGAGCAGGUGGCUGCUGUUUUUCCUUUUUCUGUCACAAAAGGCCUUUUGGAUACGCAGAAAACGCCUUCAUCUGCAGAGUCGCAUGGGGGUCCUCGGCCGGUCUACACAGUGUUUACCUGGAAUUGUUCUUGGUCGACGUUCACCCUCUUUCCCUCGGAUGUCUCUGUUCGGUCCGUCUCGUCUCUUUCGUUUCGCCGGGGCCAGGGGCUGAUGUGUCGGCUGCGUUUUCCCGAUGGGGGAUGGGCGGCUUCCUCGGUUUUUCGCUGUGGCUUUUUUGAACCGGGCAACCUUCGUCCAACAACUCGGCAUGGAGAAAGGGGACAAGUCUCCCUCCUCCGGUACUCUCAGGUGUGUUUGAAAGCUGC